CAUGUUUGUUCGAGUACUCGUGUGCGGUGGUUCGUUGACCACCAAUUUCCGCGAUCAAUAUGAGCGACGAGGAGGAAAAUUUUACUGAAAGUGACGAGGGAUCCGAUUUUUCGGCGAGUGAAGAAGAUGAGUGGGUACCGACAAAGGAUACGAAGAAAAAACAGGGGGCCAAAAAGUUCAAGGCCGAAAGCAGCUCCGAUACCGAGGAGGACGAUGAAGACUCCCUUUCGGAGGAUGGUAGCGAUCUAGAGGAGUUUGAAGAAAGCAGCAAGAAGAAAAAGGGCAAACAGUCGACGGCGCGGAAAAGGCCAGCUUCAAAGACUUCUCCCAAACCAGCAGCGGGUGGCAAAAGGAAACGUCUUUCACCUGGACUGCGCGAUCGGCUAUAUCAACAGUAUAAGAAGGAUUUGCUCAAAGAGAUAGCACCAGCGAGGCCACCACUAAAUAGUAGCGUUUCCGAUAUCCUGCAAAAAUGUCAAUACCAACGGAAGGGUGGAGCGGUUGGAAGCCAAAGUAGAGCGGAAGAUUCCGAUAGUAGUGGCGACGACCACUUAGUUGAUCCGGAAAAGUUGGAUCUUGGCUCGACCUUCUUCAAUAAGCACGAUAAGACCCAGUCAACCAGUGGUUCCGGUCCACCACAGUUCGACGUAAACGCCGGUAUGCGCCUUUCGGAUAGCUCCGACGGGGAAGAUCCGGAACCGAGAAGCGGACGAACUGGUGAGGAAUUUUUACCUGCAUCGAUACCGAAGCAGGCCGCUGACAAACUGAUCAGCCAUAUCAACCAGCAGUCUGGUGAAUUCAUGAAUUUUCACAAUCUCGACCAGUUCACGGCGAAGGUGGAGGAGGCGAAGCGAUUUCUGAAAAACUACCAACAAAAAGAGGCCGAGCAUGUUAAUACGGAAUCAUUGGGGGACGGCGCAGCGCUAACGGCCAAACAUCACAAGGAAAGCGUGUCCAAUUUAUUGGCUCUUGGCGAAACGGAUGCAGGAGCUUCACCCCUUAAAGUACAGUCAAACGCCAGCUCUGACUCGGAAUGGGAAGAAGUUCAAACGGAGGAAGGUGCUGAGAGAAAACCAGAAAGUGAGUCAAAACCGAAGGAUGUUACCAUCGAAAUGGACACUGCGCAAAGCAGGAGAAAGCGUAGGGAAGAGCUGGAAAUGGAAUUGUAUAUUAAAAGGCAAAUUAACAAGGUAAAACGAGCGAACCAGCUGAACUACCACAAAAGCAGUGUUCUGGCAGCCAUUGCUAUCGGGCGUGAGUUGAAUCGCAUCAUCGGCGGUAGUUCUAUAAAAGGAUUUUUAAUUUCCAUCAUGCAAGAAAAAGUUUCCGUCGCUAGCACCAAGUGGGACGAGAAAAAAGUACAAAGCUUAGCCGAUUGGUUUAGGGCGGAGUUCAUGCUCCUGUCGAACGAUUAUCUGGGAAAAAGAAAUGGAUGUAGCCUUGCGUUCAACCUAUCACUGGCUCUCUAUACCCGCAAGGUAAACUGUCGUCGAGAUUAUAUAUUACUGUUUCUGGCAUGCUUACGUUUGGCCGGUGCUCAGGCUCGUAUCGUGCUUUCCGCCAGUGUGCCAUAUAAGCGGCCAGCUAUGAACGACCUCUGCCCAAUGAGCGAGCGUCAGAUUAAAGAGAACACCGCAAAACGUCUUCCGAACGGAACUCAAAGUGAGCGUCCGUUGGGAAGUGCUCAAAAACAAAAAAAGGAUUGCGUGGAAAAAUCCAAACCUGAGAAUUUAGAUGUGGAACAGUCUGUCUGUAAAACUACACCUACAAAAGAAAAUACAUCUAAGGAACCAUUGAAAAGUACGACCCAAAAGGUGGCAACUCGUAGAACCACACGAAGGGCGCUAGCUACGCUGAACAUUCCACAGCUGGACGGUGCAGAUGAUGUUCCCUUGGAAACUGCGUUAAACGUAAUACCACUUAGACGUUCAUUGCGAUCCAGCAGUGCAUCUGCUAUCCCGGUAACUUCUCCCGGGACUUCUCCUUUCACCAAGCGAAAAUCAAACACUUCGGGCUCAUCUAACUCUGUUGGUGUUGGAAAAACUAAAGGGAUUGAAAUGAGAAAGAGGAAACUUUUCACGCUUCAAACCGAACCGACAGACCUCGUCGUGACAACGCUGACAACUGAGAGUUGCCCAGCGGUGCGAUCAAGUACCCGGAAUCAGGCAAAGGAGCAAAAAGAAACUAAACUAAAACUCGAUAGUGCGAAGGAAGUAAUAGUCAAACGACAAACAGCCCGACCUAGUACACCUUCGGACGACGAUGCCUUCGUUUCGAAAGGUUCCAAGUCUAAGAAAAUGAGAGCGGCUAGGGGUAAAGGAAAACCCGGUGGAGAAGAAGAUGCUGCUCCAUUAAUCAAUAACGGGAAAGUACCAACAGUCGUUCUCACACCCGUAAAUAAAUCGAUUGAACAAAAAGUAGUGCCUACUUAUCUUGAUGUCGCAGGCGAACCACCGCAGGUUACGAAACCGCAGGUUAAGGCAGAAGAGAAGCCACUGCAUGUAGCGAACAAAUCAAUCGAUCGAAAAGUAUCAUAUGAUUCAUCCUCUGAGGGCGAGUCAGCUAAACAAAAGCGGAAAGUGACCACUAAAAAGAACCACGAACCUCUGGCCGGAAAGGUUAAAACAAAACGGGCAGGGAAGAAAAAGCAAUUCAAUUCAUCUUCGGAUGAUUUGGAGGCCGAUAGUGACUUCGAGCUACCAAAGGCAUCUUCGAAACACACGAAAAAAAGGCCCACGGCGUCGAAGGGCAAAAAAUCUCCCGCGGUCAAACGAGGCGGUACGGCGGGAGCACGUCAAGUCGGAGGCGACAAAACGGACCUUUGGAUCGAGUUCUACUGUGAAAAGUCAAAACGAUGGAUUACUUUCGACUUAACAAGUGGACGUGCCGAUUGUGUUGACUAUAUCGUGCGAAAUGCAACCAGCCCGAUAUCGUACGUGUUUGCUUGGGAUAAUGAAGGUAUUAUCAAAGAUAUAACCGCUCGGUAUGUUCAAAAUUGGAACACUGCCUGCCGGAUGCUGCGUGUCGAGCACGCAUGGCUGGAUAAAGUCCUUGCGCCGUUCGUGGGCGCCAAAACCAACCGGGACCUGCUGGAGGAUAAGGAACUGAACAAACUGGACGCAGACAAACCGCUUCCGAAGACGAUCGGUGAGCUAAAGAAUCAUCCGCUCUAUGCGUUACGACGUCACUUGUUGAAAUUUGAAGCCCUCUACCCGGCGGAACCCCCGAGCCUAGGCUUUAUUCGUGGCGAGGCCAUCUAUCCACGCGAGUGCGUCUUCACACUGCAGACACGCGAAAAGUGGUACAAGCAGGGACGCGUCGUGCGGCCGUUUGAGACGGCUUAUAAGGUGGUCAAGUGUUGGAAGUACGAUCGGCCAACUAACAACUGGUUAAAAAACCAGCCAUGCGACUUAUUUGGUCUGUGGCAAACGGAUGAGUACGAUCCACCUACUGCGGAGAAUGGCCUCGUGCCUCGCAACGAGUACGGUAAUGUGGAGCUGUUUACAGAAAAAAUGCUACCCAAGGGAACGGUCCAUUUGAAAUUGCCGGGACUGAACAAGGUUUGCAAACGGCUGCAAAUAGACUGUGCGCCAGCCCUCACUGGUUUCGAUAUGGCGAAGAUGCGUAUGGUCCCAGUGUAUGAUGGAUUUGUCGUCUGUCAGGAGUUUGCCGAAAAGGUAGUUGAAGAGUGGUACAAGGAGAUGGAGCAGGAGGAGCGCCGGGAGCUGGAAAAAAAGGAAAAACGGGUGUAUGGUAACUGGAAGCGGCUGAUCAAGGGACUCCUGGUUCGCCGCAAACUACAGAACAAGUACAAUUUUGAUAAUUUAGCAUAGUACAAACUGAAGCAUUAGCAUUUAAUUUUGAGUAUUAUGUCGGUAGGAAACGUUACGUUGUACCUUGGUUAUGUCAAUUGAAAGAAUUUGUUAUGCGGGUUCAUGCUAUUUUAAAUAUAAUGAUACUUUUUAUAA